UUUAACUUCCGUGUCAUUGUUGUUUUCCUUUCUUAUCUGUUAUUCUAUUUUUUUUAAUGAAACUUUAAUAACUAAAAAUGAUUUAAGAAAAAAAAAAAAUUUGUGAACUGAAAAAAGAUAUUUGCAAAGUAAAAUAUUAAAAGAUACGGUGAUGGUGGUGGUUAUAAAAUCAGCUUAAAGUUUUUCGUUUUUCGUAAGAAAAAAUGGAACGAAAGUUCAAACGAUAAUUUCAAGAAUUUGGAAUGCCUCAUUUGGGUGUGUCUUUCCCCGAAUCGUUUACAAUGGCAUUGGAUGAACAACAAAAAUUAUUAAGCUCGGGAAGAACACAACUGCAAGUGAGCAUUGUUGAAGUUGGCAGUACCCCACAACCGAGUCCUUUAUCUGAUAGAAGCUCGCAACAAUUACUUGAUACACCUUUGGAUGUUGUUGCUGAAGCAACAUUUUGCCAAGGUGUAAAUACAGCUUCUUUAUUAUUGGAAAGUCCUCCAAAAUGGGGAGAAGCAGCACGAUACGCAUCAAAGCAACAUCGGAAAAUAGCUGGUCGAGCGACGUUUCAAGGACAAGUCUACAAUUUUCUAGAAAGACCGGACAAUUGGAAAUGUUUCGUUUAUCACAUAGUCGUCAAUGACAUAAUCCUUUCACCACGUCUUCGUCCGUCAAUUUCGAAUCAUUCCCCCAACCCAAUCCCUAUAAAUUCCCUUAUCCUUCCUGAUCCUAUUAUGUUGUCCUAGAGGAGGACAAAUGCUACUUAGAUCCGCGAAGGCCGGGUGGUUACCGCCGACUACCCGAUGCUGUCACUAGUGAUGUUCGGCGAUAUGAACCGGUCGGAACAAGAGAACCUCUACAGGACCAGUAGGAAGCUGAGCCUGGUCCCCAUAGCUGGGAACCAUGCGCAUCCUACGUCCUUGUUCGAAAGCGAACGCAGCAGGAGAAAUUCUUGCGCGAAAGCUUACGAAGAGAGGAAUAAGUGUCAUGAUGUGUAUCCUGAAGAUCUGGUUCUAAGCGUGUUGAAAAGUCCUAUAAAUCAUGUUGGAAGUGAACAUGGUAGGACUUACGGUGGAUCGGGAUCUGAAGCUGCGUUAUGUGGAGAUACACCAGAGGAUGAUCCACCGAGGUACAAAUCUACUUCCACGACUGGACCAGCUACCGGAAGUGAAGACGAGUUAACCGAUUGUGAACCAACAGAACGUUUACCAUUCCUUCAUCGUUUAAGAGGUCAUCGCGCACCUCGUUUUGGCGAAGCACACCACAAACGCGUUCCAACCCCGUUAAAACGAAAAAAUCGUUUCUCCAGGGGACACGGAAAAUCUCAUGACGUUAUUUCCGCAGAAGAUGUUGUCGAUGAGGAAGAGGGCGAGGAAGUUUCGGAAACACCGCGGGGUGUUCCAGAUCCGUAUUAUCCGAUUUAUCUACCUAUUGAUCAAGCGUUUAAAGCAAAGUACGUUUUCCAUCAUAAAAAGGGUAAAACCGUACAAGAAAGGACGUAUGUGUUUUUGGAACAUCCCGGUGGAUGGUUGUGCUUCAUCUACCAUUUUACAGUGUUUAUGCUAGUCCUCGUGUGCCUCAUAUUUAGUGUUCUUUCUACUAUAGAAUCGUAUACCAAUUUUGCCAAUUUAACACUUUUUUGGA